AUGGAUCCAAAUGGCCUUUCCGAUCCUUACUGCAAGUUGAAACUGAUACCCGAUGACCAGUCUUCAAAAUCCAAAAAGAAAAGUAAAACAAUUAGAUCUACCUUAAAUCCAGUGUGGAACGAAUGUUUUGAAUACAAACUGGAAACAACAGAUGCUGAUAGAAGAUUAUCUGUAGAAGUUUGGGAUUGGGAUCGUACUUCCAGGAACGAUUUUAUGGGUUCUCUUUCAUUUGGCAUUAGUGAGCUGAUGAAGGAAUCCGUUGAGGGUUGGUACAAACUCCUUAGCGCAGAAGAAGGAGAAUUCUACAGCAUAAAAGUUGCGCCUGAAUCUGAAGCUGAAAUUGAAAAAAUCAAGAAUAAAAUUGAUGGAAUGAACAUACAUCAGGAAAAGCAGUGGCCAGUACGAUCUCAAUCUCAAUUGAAACAACCACAACAAAAUGCUGUCAAAGCUACUGAUUUUAAUUUUCUAUCUGUGCUUGGAAAAGGAUCAUUUGGAAAGGUAUUGCUUGGUGAGCAUAAGGACAGCAAAGAACUAUUCGCAGUGAAGAUACUGAAAAAGGAUGUUAUUGUUCAGGAUGAUGAUGUGGGAUGUACAAUGACAGAAAAGCGGGUCCUAUCACUUUGUGACAAGCCACCCUUUCUCGUUGCUCUGCAUUCCUGCUUCCAAACUUCGGAUCGUUUAUACUUUGUAAUGGAAUUUGUAAGUGGUGGUGAUCUUAUGUAUCAAAUACAACAAGUGGGAAAGUUCAAAGAGCCAGUAGCUGCAUUUUAUUCUGCUGAAAUAGCAAUUGGCUUAUUUUUUCUUCAUUCCCGAGGCAUUAUUUAUCGUGAUCUCAAACUGGACAAUGUUAUGUUGGAUACAAGUGGACACAUUAAAAUCACGGAUUUUGGUAUGUGUAAAGAAAACAUCAUCGGUAAUGCAAAGACAAAAACGUUUUGUGGAACACCCGACUACAUUGCUCCUGAAAUAAUAUUAUAUAAACCGUAUAAUAAGUCGGUUGAUUGGUGGGCCUAUGGAGUAUUGUUGUUUGAAAUGCUUGCUGGCCAACCGCCUUUCGAUGCAAUAACAGACCACAACGUAUCGUACCCGAAGUCAAUGUCUAAGGAAGCAGUGUCAAUUUGUAAGGCAUUGCUGCAAAAAAGUCCUCAGAAGCGGCUAGGUUGUGGGCAGAUGGCUAUUAGAGAUGUUAAAGAGCAUCCGUUUUUUCGACGAAUUGAUUGGUAUAAAAUUGAAAGGCAACAGGUUCAACCACCUUUCAAACCAAAACUGAAGAGUCCUGAAUCGACGGAGAAUUUCGAUUCACAGUUCAGAAAGCUAUCAGUCAAAAUGAGUGCUUGCGAUAUUGACAUUUUGCGUAAUCUUGAAGGCUAUGAAUUCCCCGAUUUUGAUUACGUUAAUCCAUAUUGGCCAAGUGGGAAUGCUCACGAUGAGUCGGUGUAG